GUCAGGGGUCAGAGUCUACGUGGUGAGGUUUGGAACCACUAACCCGUUUGUACACUUGUCACCAUGGUUGAGACCCGUAGUGGGUUAGACACGAGCCCCUAUAGCAAGGAGCAGCAAGAGAAAAUGGCCACCUUAGUGAAAGAAAAUAGGGAGAGAAAAGAGCGUGAAAAGCAGGCGAAGUUGAAGGCGAUUGCGGAGGAACAGGCGGCGAAGAUGAAAGAGAUAGAGGAGGAGAUGGAGAAAAAGAAGAAGGCUGCUGAAGAAGAAGCGAUAGCAAAAGAAGAGAAAGAGAGGAUGAGAAUUGAGAGUAGAGAAGGGAGUAGUGGCACGAAGCGAGACACAGACGCAGAGAUGGAGAAGAAAAUAAGUGAGUGGGUUGCUAACUUAUCGUUGGGUGAAGAUGAGGAGGCACAUAUGUAUGUGCCACAGGAGGAGAAGGAAGCGUUUGCCAAGACCCUCACAGUGAUUGAGGACCCUUUCGAACGGCAGGAAGCGGAGGAGGAGAAGAGACUUGAGUGGAAACUGAGGAUGAAGAGGGAGCAGAAGAGGAGAAGGGAGAAAGCCAACCGAUUGACCGCAGAAGUGGAAAAGGUGCGGACAUGUAGGCAGGAAGUCCAGACACAGGCAGAUGUUUCUGCCAAGAUGGAUAAGAUGUUGGGAUACUUAGAGGUGUUGAGUGAGGCCUGGUUAGAGGAAUGACAAGCCAAUCAGGGCCAGGAUAUUACCUUGAAGGCCAUGCGGUCAGGUUUUAGAGAGUUUGCGCGCGAGAUCGUCACCCACAUUGGGGGCGAGGUAAAGCAGUUGAAAGAUAACGUAGGUAAGUUUUGUGAGGGCGCCAUCGAGGGUGCCAAAGCCAUAGCCGCAGUAGAGGGCGAGGCCAGACCUCGCAAGGACCCAGUAAAGCUCAAGUUCCCAG